AUGAAUAAAAUUUAUAGUCAAUAUAAUCUUGAGAGACUACGAUUAAAAUAAUCUGACAAGGAUUCAUUGAAAUUAGAAAGAAGUGAUGUGAAAAGGGGAACUGGAAAGAAUGCAAUUAGAAAGAUCUUUGGAAUAGAUGAAGGUAGUAAACAUGAAUAUGACAUUUAUGAGAAGUAAUAACUAGAUGCAUUUAAGAAAGAGAUUGAAGAAGAGAGGGAUCUACUCACAGAUGAAAUAAUAUUGAGAUUCUUAUAUGCUAAUCAUUUUGAUUUCCCUUAAGCAAUUAAACAUAUGCGAAAUCAUCAAUAAUGGCUUUCAGACCCAAACAAUUUCAAGUGGUCUCUCAACACUGAGGAAAUGAUAAAAUAAGGGGCAAUAUACGUCAGUGGUCGAGGACAAGGAUUCAAGCCAAUAAUAGUGAUAAAUGCGGAUAAGUUUGACAUCACCAUCUAUCCAAUAGAUGACAUAUUGAGAGCAAUUUCAAUUGUACUCAUGGUUGUUAAAGAUUACAUGUUAGUGCCUGGGAAGGUGGAGAGUUGGUUUGUGAUUGUUGAAGCCAAGAACACAACUGCAUUUUCUGUUCCAUUCACUCAUUUGAACCAGAUUUUCGAAAUGUUAAAGCUAAAUUUUCCUUGCUAUUUGGAACGAAUGUUCAUCUUACAACCAUAGACAUCUAUACAGAUUACUUGGUAGAUUGUUGAAUAAUUUAUUCCUUACAAUUCGAGACACAAGAUUGAAUUCGUAACGAAUGAUUUUUCAUUGAUGUUCAAUUAUAUCAAACCCAAAUAAUUGGAAUAAAGACAUGGAGGCAGAGCACCAAAUGUAUAUGAUUAUUGGCCACCUCAUGUGGAUGACUUUAGUGAAGUUGAGUAUUUGAUAAAGGAGUAACAAGAAACCAAAAAAAUCUAGGAGCAAAUCAAUUAACUCCAAAAAGUAAUGCCUUUUUCUUCUUCAAUUGAUGUGCAAAUCUCAAGUCUCUUAAGGAAACAAUACAAACCUAAGAAUAAGAUUUACUAAGAAGAGACCCAUCUAGAAACAACGAAUUAUUAUAUGAAUAAAUCCAAUUCCAAAACUGUGUUUUUGAAUGCACCCAAAGUCUAGUAGGUUGUUUCAACACAGCAACGGAUUCAGGAUCAAUACGAAGCACAAUAAAAAUAAAGGCCUUAAGAGGUCAAUGCAUCUUUUGAAUAACAAUUCAAUACUAAUUACUAGGCCUAUCCAUCCCAAACUCAAUUCAAUCCAAAUACUCAAUUAAACCAACAAAAUUAUAGAUAACCAGUUUUUCAAUCGAGAUUUGUUGGAUCCAAGACCAAAUUAAAUGAAACCUAGAAUUCGUAAAUGCUUGGAUCCCAAAAUUCCAAUUUCUAAUCCAGAUUUGUAGGCCUUAAAACUUAACAUCUCUUAAUCAAACAAGAUGUUAGUAUAAUAGCCAACAGAGAGGAUCUUAUAUCACCUUAACAUUCAUAAAUAAUGUGA